GGCCGCACAGGAAGUGCUUCCGGUUGAUAUUUCGUAAAAUCUGCUCAGCUCGGGACGCUGUGAAGAAUAGGAAACAUGCUGACCCUGUCCCGGGCAGUGGUGUGUGGUGUUGCCCGUGCCCCAGCAGCUGUCUCUCAAGCUGGAGCAACAACUUUAGUCCGGUAUAACAGCACCGCACAGGCACCCCCUAAGAAGACAAAGUUUGGACCCCUGGCCGAUGAAGAUCGUAUUUUCACAAACCUCUAUGGCCGUCAUGAAUGGAGGCUCAAAGGCGCCCUGAAGCGUGGAGAUUGGUACAAGACUAAAGAGAUUCUUCUUAAAGGAGUUGACUGGAUUAUAAAUGAAAUCAAGGUUUCUGGCCUUCGUGGCAGAGGUGGGGCUGGCUUCCCGACGGGCAUGAAAUGGAGCUUUAUGAACAAACCCAGUGACGGCCGGCCUAAGUAUCUGGUGGUGAAUGCUGAUGAGGGAGAGCCAGGAACAUGCAAAGACAGAGAGAUCAUGAGGCACGACCCACACAAGCUGGUGGAGGGCUGUCUUGUUGCUGGAAGAGCCAUGGGAGCUCGCGCCGCCUACAUCUACAUCAGAGGAGAGUUCUACAAUGAGUCGUCCAACCUGCAGGUUGCAAUCAAUGAGGCCUAUACUGCUGGUCUGAUUGGACGAAAUGCCUGUGGCUCUGGGUAUGAUUUUGAUGUCUAUGUGAUGCGUGGUGCUGGAGCCUACAUCUGUGGAGAGGAGACCGCUCUUAUUGAAUCCAUAGAGGGGAAACAAGGCAAACCUCGUCUCAAGCCCCCAUUUCCUGCUGAUGUUGGUGUUUUUGGUUGCCCAACAACUGUUGCCAAUGUGGAGACUGUAUCUGUGGCUCCCACUAUCUGCCGUCGUGGAGGAACAUGGUUUGCGAGCUUUGGCAGAGAGAGGAACUCUGGCACCAAACUCUUCAACAUCUCGGGCCAUGUUAACACCCCCUGCACUGUGGAGGAGGAGAUGUCCAUCCCCAUGAAGGAGCUCAUUGAGAGGCAUGCAGGUGGAGUUCGUGGUGGUUGGGAUAACCUGCUGGCUGUAAUCCCGGGCGGCUCCUCCACCCCCCUCAUCCCCAAAGAUGUGUGUUCUGAGGUCCUGAUGGACUUUGAUGGCCUCAUUCAAGCUCAGACUGGUCUGGGGACUGCGGCUCUCAUUGUUAUGGACAAAUCUACUGAUGUAAUCAGAGCUAUUGCCCGCUUGAUUGAGUUCUAUAAACAUGAGAGCUGUGGCCAGUGCACUCCAUGCAGAGAAGGGGUGGACUGGAUGAAUAAAAUGAUGUGGCGUUUUGUGCGCGGUGAUGCUCAGUCUUCAGAGAUUGAUAUGAUUUGGGAACUGAGUAAACAGAUUGAAGGCCACACUAUCUGUGCUCUGGGAGAUGGUGCUGCUUGGCCUGUGCAGGGAUUGAUCAGACAUUUAAGGCCUGUUAUGGAAAGCCGUAUUGCUGAAUUCCAGCAGAAGAAGCAGGCCCGAGCAUAAUGGUUUCACUCGUUUGUUCAAUCUCGCUCUUUAACCUGUGCUUAUUGCUGUCAACUAUUUAAAUACAAGAACUCUCUCACAUCACCUCUGACUGGAUGUGUCUGCCCCUUCUCAGAAUAACAAUAAAGAUUUAUGUACAGAUUAUA